GGGAGGAAGCGAGGCGGGGGUCCAGAUGGAGGGGGACCAGCAGGUGACGGAGGACCUGAAGCUGCAGUUCCAGGCGCUGCAGCAGCAGCAGCGGAAGAGGAUGGAGGCGAUGGCGGCCAAGAAGAAGGAGAAGGAGAAGGAGGAGCAGCAGCAACAACAACAACAACAACAACAGCAGCAGCAGCAGCAGCAGAUGAUGGAGAGCCAGAGCCAUGGCCAUGGCCAGGAGGGACCGUCCCUCAGCCUCGCAGUCAGCGAUGACAUGGACCUGCAGCUGACGUCCCCGCGGACCGUGCCCCGGGCGGGCAGCAGGAUCUCGCAAAACGAGAAUGAGGAGCUGCGGGGACAGGUGAGGGAACUGCUGGACGAGAACGGGAGACUCUACAAACUGCUGAACGAGAGGGACUUCGAAAUCAAGCACCUGAAAAAGAAACGGGAAGAGGAGAGACUUGCUCUCGCAGGGACAGCAGGCAUAGCUGGUGACGUGGCUGCAACCAAAAUAGUGGAACUGUCUAAGAGGAACCGUGAACUGGUGGUGGAGACUGAGAGCAACAAAACCAAAGUGAAGCAGCUCAACAGCAAAGUGCGGGAGCUCGAGAAGGAGCUCCAGAUUGCUCUAACAAACAGUCAGUCACACGGUUCUACAGAAGCAAUGCCACGAGUCACCAAAGAUCUCUCUCCCAAGACAAAGGAUGGAUUACUGUCUGACAACCCCGAGGUCAAAGCCCUUCAGGAAAAGCUUUGUGCGACCAACCUCAAACUGGUCGAAUCCCGCAACCAGAUCCAGAGUGUCAAACAAGAGCUGAAAAUGGCACAUAAGGUGCUGACUAACGAGGUGGGAGACGAAAUCAACCUCCAGCACUUGCUGAGCAACGGAGGGCACUGGCGAGGCCGAGCCGAGCAGAUUCAGGUUUUGCAGAAGAAGGUCAGAGAGUUAGAAAACCAACUGCGUCAAAAUAUCCAGAAGGGCCAGUCCUCGGAGCAGAGCACUGAGGAGGCAACGGUUUCCUGGCACUUAACGGGACAAGACAAAAACGUAGCACAUAUUAGGGCGAUGGAGAAAGAAAGGAAAGGAGCCCUGGAGAAAAUGACCAGCGACCACGGGGUGCUGCAGAAGGAUCACGAGGAACUCAAGCAAAGGUUGGACGGGUCGAAAGCCAGGAACAAAGUCUUAGCUGUUGAAGUGAAAACUCUGAAGAGUCAAAUAGCGACUCUCCUGGAGAAGGGGAAGCACGAUGAUGAGCUUGUUGGUGUGCUGCUGAAACAGCAGAGGCAACUGCACGAGGUUCUGGAUCACUUGAGUCAGCAGGAGAUGAAGAGCAAGGUGACCGAGCAGAGCCUCAGCCAGCAGCUCAACAGCGAGGCCCAGACGCACAGCUCCCUGAUUGUCCAACUCCGGCAGAUGGUGAGCGAGCGGGAAGCCAAAGUGAAGGAGCUCGAGGAGGAAGUCAAACAACUGGUACAGAAGGAGCAGCAGCAAAAGAUGCCAACUUCAGAGGCUCAGUAUCCAUCCAACCUGACUCACGUGGACAGCUUUGGUGAACAUUCACUCCACCGUACUUCGACAGUAGAGGACGAGACAGCGGGGAGUUUACUUUCUGCUCGUUCGGUGUCUGCAAUGGGACACAUACUGGUCGAGUCGUCUGCUGCUCAGUCUCCUUCGACACUCGCCACCGGAAGGAACUCGAGCAUGAACGGGAUUGACGUCAACACUCUCCAGCUACAAUGCACUCAAUACAAAUCACUUUACCAAGCUGUGGAAGUGGAGAGGGACAAACUCCUGGAGCUGGUCAGUCUUCAGCAGAAGAGGGUGGAGGGAAGCAGCGAGAAGCUUUUGGAAGCUGAGCGGAAGCUUCAGGAGGUCAGACGACGAUCUGCCAUUUUGGAGCAACAGCUUGGAAAAGCCAAACUAGACGCAGGGAAAAGCCACGACCCCAGCAAACACAACAAUAAGAACAAGCCAAAUCUGUCCUCAAGUGGUGGGCGUCAGAGCUUGAAUCCGUCGAGCAGCAGAGACCUGCCUCCAGCGAUGGCUGUGUCCUCGGAUGCACAACUAGAAGAACUUAACACACGGCUCACCAUACAGAUGGAUGAAAACGGAGCCCUGAAGACUGCUUUGCAAAGCACCUUGAAAGCCAAACAGGAGGAUCUCGCACUGUACCAGGACAUGGUCAGUCAGGUGAAACAGAUCUUCCUGCAGGCGAUUCGACAGCACAAAGACAAACAUUGAAAGGGAACACACCAGAGAUCCCCUCCUUUGUAUCCUGACCCUGAGGGCACAGCCCAGCAUUCUGAUACUCAACAACAACUUGUAUUUAUACAGCGCCCUUGUAUUAGAGACUGAUGGAAAGCAACACUCGGUCAGAAUGGAAUUGGCUCCAAUCCAACAUCACAUCAACCUGUGAUUCCGCACCAACAGAGACGUUGCACAACUUGACCCAGGCUAUCGUGACCCACGUGUGUUAUUGAGGAACAAUUAUCAUUUUGUUGCUGCUUAUUACUUAUUGCACCUGGAAACACUGAGGGAGGCAAAGCAUUACUUUUUGUCUCCCCAGCCGUCAACGGAACCAGCUUCUUAUUUUAAAAAAAUUAUUCGUCUUUAUAAAUAAUUAUAAAUCAAAGAUAUUAUCCUCAAGGCAUGGCGCUGGUUAAAAUUAAACGACGUUAAUUCCGAGUGGGAAAAGGUUUGGCUGCUUGAGGUGUAUAAGCCACACGUUGACAAUAUUACAGACUGUCAGUGAAAGGAUUCAUUUACCUGUUACCUCAAUGUCCACCCCCUCCCACCCCCACCCUUUGUCGUGAAAUGAAUCGUAACCUUUCACGCUGUUUGCUUGUUCUCAAUGUACGGUUUUCUAAAUUAAAACAAAAAGUAU